AUGGCCACGCCCCUGAGGAAGCGCGGGGGCUGGAGGGGGCGAGGGGGGCGGGGGGUGUCGGAGGGGGGCGUGGACGGCUCCCACGACCUCCGCCUGCCCCCCCCAGGACCCCACGACCUCCGGACUAACCCCCCCCACUCGAAUGCCCCCCAAGAUCUCAGAACCCACCCCCCAGCCCCCCACUCCGCCCCCCUGUCCUCCCCCCGCCUGCACCUCCCACCCCCUGCCUCCUCCCACCCCCCGCCCACGCCCGUUGUCACCCCCCAAUACUCCCUCUCUCAGUGCCUAGCAAGCCCCCCUCCGCCCCCCUGUGAGCCGCGCCACGCCUUCCCGCCCAUCGUGGCCCUCACUAACUUGAUGCCGCCCGCCGCCCACGCCCACCACGCCCGCGCCCCGCCCCGCCGCCCGCCGCCCCGCACUGAAGACAAAUCCACUCCUGCCCAGACCGCCGCCCAUGCUGCUGCUUCCCCCGAGGCGCACUACCGCGCCCUGCACGCCGCCCACCCCCACGCCCUGCUGCACCUGCCCCACGCCCACGCCCACGCAGCGCCCAUCAAGAGGGAGGACCCGCCCCAGGCGCCGCCCUCCUCCGAGGAGGACCCGAAGGGGCGGGCCGUGGGCGUGGGGGCGGCGGCGGCGGGCGGCGCCACGCCCGGGGCGGCGGUCACGCUGCCACAGCUGGGGCCGCCCUUCCUGUACCAGCCGGCGCCCUACUACCUGCCCCAGGGCCCGCCCCCCGUGCCCUUCCCCCUGCCCGCCUUCCCCCACCCCGCGCAGAGGGGCGCCGCGCCCCCAGACCUGCAGCCGCCCUGCCCCGGCUUGCCGGACCUGCCCACCUCCAGGGGCUGCGGCUCUCCCGAGGCGCUGGUCAGCGUCACGCCCCCGGUGGAGGAGGGGCCGGUGGCCCCCGCCCUGCCCCCUGGCCUACCGCCCCCCGUGGCCCUCACCAUCAAGCAGGAGAUCAAGGAGGAGGCGCCCUCUCCCGCGGGGCCGCCUCGUGAGGACGCCUGCACCCCUGGGGCGCCCCCUGCCCCCUCUCCCCCUGCGCCGCACCCGCCCCAGCCCUCGCCGGUGAAGCGGGAGGGGCGCCGUGCAGCACGCCCGCGCCCUGCCGUCCCCCGCCACCCCGGGGGACGCCACGCCGCCCUCGUCCCGUCUGCACUACCCCGCCGCGCCCCUCACCCCGCCCGCGGCGCCCGCCCUCUCCCCGCCCUACCCUGCCCCCGUCCUCAGCCCCCUUCCCCCGCCCCUGAGCUGAGCCCCGCCUCGCCGGCGUGCCCCGCCAGUCCCCACAGUCCCCCCAGCCCCGCCAGUCCCCCUCGGACCCCCAGCCCCCCUCGGACUCCCAGCCCCCACAUGACGGGCCUGCACGGCCUCAGCCUUCUGUGUGCCUUAGCCGAGCAGCGCAUCCUGGAGGAGGAGGAAGGGCGCGCCGCUCCCCCCAGGCCCCCCACGCCCCUCUCGCCCCUCUCCUCCCUGGCCGCCGUGGCCGCCACCUCCCCCAGCGUGCCCACGUCCGGCGCGCCGCGCCCCGCCACGCCCCCGCCGCCCCUCGCGCCGGCCUGCCCCGCUCCGGUCUUCGGCGCGCCCCCCUCCCUGCCCCCGCCCGCCCCCGUCCCCGUCACCACCUUCGCCCCCACCCCCACGCCGCCCACUUUCGCCGUGCCCGCCUCCACGGCGUCCCCUGCCCUGCCCUCCCAGAGCGCCCCGCCCGCCCCUCCCGCCACGCCCGUGAAGGCUGCAGACCACAGCCGCAGCUACAAGAGUCCGCAGAGCGAGCGUGAGGCCAAGGCGUUCAUCGCCACGCGCGCCGCACAGCACCAGCGUGAGGCGUGCGCCGCGCGGGGCGGGACGCUGGGGGGCGCGGCGGGGCUGGCGGCGGAGGCCAUGGACCCCGCGGAGCUCGACAUGCGGCUGCGUCUCGCGGAGCUGCAGCGCCGCUACCGCGAGAAGCAGCGCGAGCUGUCCCGCCUGCAGCCGCGCCGCCCCGCGCCGGGCCCUGCCCCGCCCCGCAGGGGCCCCGGCAGACCCCGCAAGAGACGCACGCACAAGCCUCGCCCCGCCCCGCGCCGCAAGGUUGGCCGUCCGCGGGGCAAGAAGUCCCCCCAGAAGGAGCUGUCGCCCCCCGUGCUGGAGCGCGUCACGGAGCCCCCCACGGGACACGCCGCGGCGGGGCGCGUCGGCUCCAUCCUCAAGCCCCCGGUGCUCACCGCCACCUUCACCUCCACGCCGCCCACGCCCGCGUCCUCCGUCCCCCACGCCAGCCCCGCCGCGCCCCAAGCUGCGGGACGCGACGACUCCUGCGACGAGGGCGCGGCGGCCCCGCUCUCGGGGGCGCGGCGGUGGUCGUGCUCCUCUGAGGACGCCCCGCCCCCCUCCCUUGGGCCGCCCUUCCAGUGCCCCGCGGCGCCACACGACGACGCCGCGGACGACGCCCCUGAAGACACGCCUGAGGACCCUCCUGAGGACGCCCCAGAAGAGUGCCCUGAAGAGGCCCCCGAGGAGGCCCCCGAGGAGGCCCCCGAGGAAGCCCCGGAAGACACCCCCGAGGAGCCCCCGAGGCUCCGGAGCCCCGCGCCGAGGAGAGCGAGGAGGAGGCUUGCCCGAGGCGCGGCGCGGACACGCCCGCGGUGGAGUCGUCGCCGUCAGACCCCGAGGCGGCGGCGGCGGGCGCCUCGGCGUCCAAGAAGCGCAAGCCGGGGCGCCCCAAGAAGCACUCGCCCACCAAGGAGGACGCCACGGAGACCAUCGUGGCCAAGAAGCCCAAGGCCAUCACGCUGCACCUGCUGGCCGGCGGCGCCAAGCCCAAGGUGCGCCCCACGCUGCGCCCCGAGCUCAAGGUUCGCGAGGGCGGCCAGGAGGACGAGGAGACCGCCCCCCACCCCCACUACCCCCUGCAGACACCCCCGGACCACCACCACCAUCACCACCACCACCACCACCACCACCACUCCAACGGCGACGCGCAGGAGGAGGAAGACAAGAGGAAGACUAGUCCAGUAUCUGCAGUCGGCGUCGUGAAUGGAGGCGUAGGCGGCGUGUCUAUGGGCGUGGGCGUGGGUGGAGGCGGUGGAGGCGUGGGCAGAGGGGGCGUGCAGGCGAGGAAGAGAGGUGUAAGGGUGCGCGGCUCCUUCACGCGCCGCGCCAUGCUGAGAGACAAGGAGAAGAGGAAAACUGCUGCUGAGAAACAACUGAUGAUGGAGGCCUUGUACAGAUCUCUUAAGAAACACUCUACGUUAGCGGCAGCUGAACACGAUGAGUCAGAAGAGGAAAAGGAGAAAGAGGAAGAAGAAGUAGAGGAAAAAGAGAAAAAUUUUCAGAUUGUCCCUGCAGUGUUGCCAGCACCACAAGUCUCCAGCGCUGAAGCGAGUGCAGUGUUGCCAGUUUUCGAAAAUAUGGUUGCUACUACUACUACUAUUAUUACUACUGCUGCUACUACUGCUGCUACUACUACUACUGCUGCUGAUGCUGAUAGUGAUAGUUUGGUGAGGUCUGCCCCUUCACCACCAGCAGAUGCAGUUUUCUUGUACUAUUGGUGCUACUACUACUACUACUACUACUAUUACUACUGCUACUACUACUAUUCCUACUACUACUACUGCUGUUAUCUCUCCUGUCACCACUGCUGCCUCUACUACUACUACUACUACUGCUACUACUGCAAUGCUCCCAACUACUACUACUACUACUGCUACUACUACUAUUUCUACUAGUACUAUUCCUACUAGUACUACUACGACUACUACUACGAUUUCUACUAUCGCAUCUUGUACCACCACCACCACCACCACCCCUGUUACUACCACGGCAGCUUCUACUAUGACUACUACUACUACUACCACCACCACCACCACCACUGCUUUGUCCACCACCACCACCACCACGACAGAUGCCCCCAAACAAGUAAUACAAUGCCCAGAACCUAGUGUAUGUGUGAUGGAUCUUUGCGACUUAGUGGACAAGGCGCGGGUUUUGGUACUUCAAGAUGGCCUCC